GGGCAAAAGUGUUUAGCAAAGGAGAUUAUGAAGAGUUUUCAAAUGAUUUACGUGGUGGUAAACAAACUGAUUCGUUUUAUGAUACCUUUCCCGAGAUUGAAGCAGAUGCAAAAGCAUUUGUCGUUCAAGCGUGUUCACAAAAGUCAGGCGAAUUCAAGGCUUUGGAUUUGGCUCAGUUUAUUGAUGAAAAAUAUUAUGAAUUAACAGGAAUUAAAAAACAAAUUGGCGAUGAUUUCAUAAGAUCGGAAAGAAGUUGUCGUCUUGAUCUUCGCAGAUGGGGAGCUAAAUUUGAAGCGAAUUCACAACGCCCGUAUUUUGAAGGACAUGAAAGUGACGAUGUAGUGAAACAUCGUAAUGAAUUUAUUGAUUAUUUUUUAGCGCACAAAGAUUAUUACUACACAAUUACAGAUGGUGAAAUACCUAUGUGGAAAAUUCCGAUCCAAAAUCCGCAUAAAAUACUUAUAUUUCAUGAUGAAUCAACCUUCAAAAGUGGUGAAGUUAGUCCAAAACGUUGGUUUUUUGAAGAAAAUACACUGUUUUUUUCAAAAGAUCGUGGUCGCAGUCAUAUGAUUUCUGAUUUUCUUGUUCAACAUCCUAGUGGGCCAUUUUUUGAACUUAGUGAAAAUGAAUGGAAAGAAGCUACUGCAAAAUAUAUAACAUUAAGUGUCGAUAGUGAUGUCAGUUAUAUCGAUCGAACAGCAACAGCUAGUAUUAAUAUGGGAACAGACGCUUAUUUUGAUAAUGAUACGUCAUACUCAUUACAAGAAUUUGGUAAAAAUAUUGGUACUCGUUGUUGUAUUGAACAAAUCGAAUAUGUUGAUGGAAAUGGCGUACAAAAAGUUAUUGAUUGUUAUUUUAAAGGGGAAGAAAACAAAGGUAAAUCAAAAGGUUUAGUUGAACUAUGUGAAGAUUUGGGUGUACAAUUACCAGCUAAACUUAAAUUAGACGACAUUCGUGAUAUACUUUCAACGCAUCGAGCUUUCCAAAAUGCUACAAAACUUGAGAUGCUAGGAAUUAAAUAUAAAAUUAAGAUUAUGUACUGUCCUAAGUAUCAUUGCGAACUGAAUGCAAUCGAAGGUCUUUGGUCCAAUCAAAAGGCAUUUGUUCGCUCACGUACAGAUCAAAGCUUCGAUAAAAUGAUAAAAUUAAUAUCGGAAUCACGUAUAAACUUUGCUGAACGAAAAAUUGCAUUGAAAUUAUUUCGACGUUUCUGGCGCGCAAUCGUAGCAUAUUCUCAAGGUCAAACAUAUGCUGAUGUAUUAAAGCUGUUUUUCAGUCAACUCUCCAAAACAACAAUUCAAUCUCAUCGCAAAAUAACAAAUACUAACAUAGACGAAGACUAA